AUGUCUUCACCACAUGUGCCACCACUAGCACUCAGCUCGCCCUCGCGCAACAUCUCGGCCGCGUCCUCCUCCCUUCGAGCUCCAUCCAGGAUAGCCUUGCUUCAGGCGCGCAGAUCCUACCUCGAUGAUUCCGCGCUCUCCCCGCAAGAGUAUCUCGUCUAUCUCUCCAGCUUCAACAGUAUCAAGCCCGCUCCCAGCGGUCAGCCUGAUCUGAUCGACGAGCAGGAUGGUCUGCGCUACCUUCGCGAAGAGUGCGGCAUGUCCAUGGCAGACGAACUCGAGAUCUUGCCUCUCUUCGAACGCACACCGCUCGGCCUUGGCUCUGGUCACUUUUUUGCCAUGCUUCGACUUGUAUCCUGGGCUCAGCAGGGCAGAUCAGCGACCAAAGAUCUCAUUUUUACCCAAACAAAGCCUGCGCGCAUCGCUCUGCCCAAGAAGGUCACCCCACCACAAAGUGCAUCCGCAGUCUCUUUCGGCAAUGUGCAGCAGAUCACUUCACCGGGUCCAAGGAGCUUGACGGCAGGUCCAUCAUCGCUCAUCACCGCCCAACCCAACUCGGUCAAACUGCCUCCACCACCAAAGCCCGAAGCUAGCACCAAGCCUCUGCUGACCCCAGUACGCGAAGAAGCACCGGUCAACCUCAACGAGAUGGACGAAACCGCGCAGGCAGGCCACAUGAAGCCGCCGCCCGCAGUACCCGCCAAGCCGCAGAUGCCAAAGCUCGUCGCACCCAAGGCCAAGGUCGCCAAUCCCAACAUCCCGCUCAACCUGGAGGAUCUGCAGCGGAAGCCCAUGCCAAUGCCGCCCUCCGCGAGCGCCAAUCCGUUCCGCGAUGGGGCAGCCUCGACAUCCAACUACGUCAGCGGGUCCGGCUACGCCGUCGCCGUAGGUGCUACGCCCAUCACACCGGCCAACAUCUCGACGCCUUCCGACGCGCUUCGCGGCUUCGAUCCGGCGCCCAACCCGUUCAAGCAGAGCAAGCCGCGCAUCGUCAAGCCCACCCCAGUACGUGCCUCUUCACCAGCCUCGAAUCCCUUCCGCAACGGCACACCUGCUAUGGCAGCGCAGUCCCACUUCCCCAAGGUCGUGUUCGAUCAGGUCGACGACGCUUCUUCGCAAGCCAGCAGCUCGCGCUCGCGGCAGCAGCAUACCCAUCAGCCCGAUCGCCUCGGAGCCGGCUCGCCGCCAUUGCCACCACGACCCGGGGACCGCAACCCGCCGCCUCUGCCGCCGAGACACAUCAGCCCGCUCAUUCAAGCCGGUCUCAACGCACGAAGCGAAGUGCGCAAAGCGCAGGAGUCGCUCCCGCCCAAGUUCUUCACUGUGUUGCAGUCGUCUGCGGCCAAACACGGCGGGCAAGCGCCUGCUCGUUUGUUGAAUGGUCAGAAAGCACCGCCAGAGGUGGCAGCCGUCGCGACACACGCCAAGAAGCGGUCGAUCUCGGGCACGAAGUCUCUUUUGGGAGGCGGAAGUACACUCGGUGGACACCCUUUGCAGCGCAGAGACUCGCAGCAGUCGACCUCGGACGUGGCACGCAACGACACCGAGCUCGGCCUCCACGCUCGUCGCGCAUCCGCCGCCAGCCACCUCCACCGCAGUAUGGGCGGGGACAGCGAGGUGGGCGCCGGAAGCUCGAUGGUUUCCCAUGGAGUUUUGCACCAACAACAGCAGCGCACCGUGCCCACGGUUGCACCAAAAGCGAUCUACCCCAAGAAGGCCGGUUCCGCCAACGGCGAAGAUUCGUCUGCUGUCAAGGUCAAGCCUACGCUCCCAUCGUGGCUGAAAGAGCAGGAGGAGUUGCAGCGAGAAGCGCUCGCGUCGGGAUCAGAACCACCUCCGCCUCCACCCAUCCAGCCAACCGAAGGGGGUGUUCGCGGUCGCGCAUCGCGAACCGUCGUGGACGACCUCACAGACUCCGCGGAGGCCAUGUCGGACGAAGCCGCUGCCGCCAACGCCGCCUCGAUCGACCGACACAACCCAUUCUUCCCGCCGCACCACCGGGAUGAGAUCCGCAGCCCCGACGCGGCGCUGGACGACAGCCAGGUGAGCAGCAACGCCCGCGCUCUCGGUCGCUCCAAAACUGUCACUGGGACCACACGUCCCAUCCCACCACGCCGCCCCCGCCCAGCCGGUGGGGACGUCGACAGCACCCUCGCCGACGAUGGCGGCGCUGGCGGCUCGCAAGUCUCGUCCAACGCGCACUGGGGCCAUUCGCUCGCAUCUGGCGUCCACGCAGGUUUCAAACCCAACAAGGAACCCAAGAACAGCGGUGGCUUGCGUCUCGUCCCGCCUUCGAAACAGGCCAAGAUGCUCAACAUCGCUUCGGCGGAACAGCUCGAGCAGGAGGGGAUUCGACCUGCGACCGAACUGCGCAAGGUGAGCGGCACGUCUGCUGACGACUCGCCGUCUACGGCCAAUGGCGGGGCGGUCGCCGUGUCGGAGAAUUCCUCUGCGAAUGGUGGACCUAUGAGCCCGACCACGCCGUCUGCAGGGUACCCGUCCUACAUGCGCCGCCAGGGUUCGCUGGGCACGACCAUCCGGGAGAAGGUGUCCGACAUGCUGCGCCUGCAGGACCAACCACCCAAAGGCCAACGCGGCGUCGACCUCUUCGUGCAGGACGUGAACAACCUGGUCAACAAGAACGAGUGGCUUUCGCGCAAGCGCGAUUCCUUUGUUCGUUCAUCCGGCGGACGAGAACGGGAGCGUCUCAUCCAGUCUCGCGAGGACGACUUCGAGGGCGAGGCGGACCGGGACGACGACACGCCGCACCCAGACACAGAUCCCACCAACGACCCGUUUGAAUCCGACACGCAUCACUCCGCUGUCAACCCUCACGCGCACCAUCCUCCCCCACAACACCCCUCCGGCCUCCGCCGCAGUGGGUCGCUCAACCCCAAACGCUCGUCCUCGUACAACUAUCCUUCGGCGCCAUCACCGCCUCAAACCACCCAAACCCCGACCACCAAUGCGGGAAGUCGGAGGUGGAGCUCCUUCCACCACCCACCCAACUCGACCAGCCAGCUGCACAGCCACUCGUCGACCUUCCUGAAAGGUGACGGGUUGAGAGGGAGUGCAGUGGACGAGGAGGAUGCGGACGAGGAGGCGUUUGUUAGCGUCGCGCAGCGCGUGCGCGACGUGCAGGCGGCGGGCGCCAACGACGGGUAUAGGCAGCUGUGA